AUGGACGUCCACCGCUCUCGCUUCGUACCCUUUCCGGUGCAUGCCAUCACCGCCGUCGCCUUCUCUAGAGCCACCGAGGAAACGAAACUUCCAGAUGGCGUGCCGCAACCGACUUUGCGACUAGCCAUUGGACGAGAUAAUGGUCAAAUCGAAAUAUGGAACGAGUUCACGGGUCGAUGGGUGCAAGAGCGCAUGUUCUCAGGAGACAAGAGUGUCGAUGGCUUGGCGUGGACUCGGGAACCAGAUGAGGUGGACUUCGAAGGCCAGCCAAUACUAGGCCAAUACCGGUUAUUCAGCAUUGCCUCAUCACCACAUGUUCUCGAGUGGGACUUGAAGCGAGGCGAUUUGAAAAAGAGGUCGACCGGUAAUUUCAGCGAAGUUUGGUGUUUCGCUGUGCAGCCGAGACUGCCACGAGACGGAAAGGCGGAGUCUAAAUCGCAAGACUUGGUAGUUGGCUGCGGUGAUGGGACGGUAGCGCUACUUUCGACAGCAGACGACGAUCUCCAGUUUCAGCGCUUUCUGGCCAGAGUUUCGGGAAAGAGAGCGAAAUGUAUCAGCAUCACGUACCAGAACCGAGAUCGUAUCGUGGCGGGCUUUGCCGACAGCAACAUCCGAGUCAUCGACACACGUAACGGCAACAUUGUCCGAACCAUGAGCUUAGGUAGUGGGGUCCCUCCGGCACCCAAGAAUAAGUUUGUGUGGAAGGUCAGAUGUCUACCGAACGGCGACAUCGUAUCUGGAGACUCGGAUGGCGAUGUCGUAUUCUGGGACGGGAGGUCUUACUCUUUGAACCAGAAGAUCAAAGGGCACGACUCGGAUUGCGUCGAUAUAGUGGCAGGGUCAGACGGAAAGACAGUAAUCACAGGAAGUUUAGAUGGGCGAGUCGCGGUGCAUCACAACAUCACGAAUGCUAAUGGACGAAAAACUUGGGUCAAGACGCACCAUCGUAGGAUCCAUGCCAAGAGCGAAGUCAAAGCCAUGGCAGCAUAUGACGGGAAAGACCUGAGCGUCGUCGUUUCCGGCGGCAGCGAUUUUGCUCCAACCGUGAUUCCAAUACGCGACUACGGCAAAGCGGACCCCAGAAGCCUUUCACAUCUUCCCCAAGCACAGUCGCCAGUUGUAAGUGCCCGCCGCGCAAGGCUUCUGGUAAGCUGGUGGGACAAUAGUAUCAGCAUAUGGCGAAUUACUCGGCCACACGAUGUCGAAUUUGGUCCGGAGCCUCAACCUCCGCGCAAGCUGGUCGGCAAGCUCGUCCUGAAAUCGAAGCAGUCGAUAAACAGCGUGGCUAUAUCUGACGAUGGCAAAGUAUUGUGUGCCGCUACCGGCGCGGAACUAAAACUCUUCCAAUUGAGAAGGUCACCAAGCUCACACACGAUGGACUUCAAGCCUUUGGUGCUACCAUCUGCACUAGCCACGGCAGGCACCCGUCUGGUGUGCUUCUCGCCAGAUGGCAAAUGGCUUGCAAUUGUAAAUCUCGACAAUGAGGUCCAUGUCCUACGCUUGGCUCAAGAUCCAGUAAAGCCCAAACGAAUCACAGUGGUAAACGCAGAUGCAGAGCUUGAGCGACGACAUCGCACACCACUGGCGCAAAGUGCUUACAAAGGAUAUGAUGAGGCUAUCACACGCCUUGCAUUCUCCCACGAUAGCUGUAUCUUGGUAGCCAGUGACAUAUCGGGACAUCUCGACUCCUGGGUACUGGAAGGUCACGAAGAUCUUACAGCGCCACAAAUUGAUAUCACCAAGGACGACUCGAAACAUGACGACUCAGAUGAGUCGUCUUCGGACAGCUCCGACGAUGAGGAUGACCAAAUCUUUCUCUUCUAUGGCCAGCAUUGGACAGGCAACCCAGCUGCCCAUCUCUUACCAAGAUUGGAUUCCGCGGCUCUUGUGCUGACAUUCCGACCUUCGGCAUCAUCAUCAUCGUCAGCAGCAGGCAGUGGAGCUAUCAAUGGCAAUCCUGGCCUUCCACAAGGGCCCCAUCGACUUUGGGUCAUGACGACGAAGCAUCAGAUGUACGAAUUCGACGUGCUCGAAGGACGCCUGAGUGAUUGGAGCAGGAGAAAUCCGACUUCUUCAUUGCCAGAGGACUUCAAAAAGCUCAAAGAUCAUGUCAAGGGCGCAGUGUGGGAUGUUUCUGAGCACAGGGAACGUUUAUGGCUUUACGGAUCAUACUGGCUCUUCAUGCUCAACGUCAAGGGUGACAUUGCUCAAGCCUCCAAGAAGAGAAGACUCAGCAGCUCCGCAAGCGGCGGUAUAAGCGGCAAAGCACUCAAGAGGAGUGGCUCGUCGCAGUGGAACCGAGACGGCCUACCAAGUCGCACGGACGAAGAAAACGUCAGCAUUGUUGACUCACAGGCGGCGCAGGAGCGCAAAUGGUGGUGCUCUUACAAGUAUCGGUCAAUUUUGGGCAUGGUAGCCCUGGAAGAUGAACAGCCAAGUUCGAGCGAGCAGGUGGAAGUAGUUAUCGUCGAGCGCCCUUUGUGGGACGUGCAGGAAGGAACCAAGGGCUCGAAGUAG